AUGCAACAACCACACCAUCAUCUUGUUUCUUACAAUUACUCUUCCAAACAGCUAAAUCUUCUAACGAUCUGUCUCACCUGUGCUGUCUUUCUUCUCCUGCCACUUGUCACAUUCCAACAAACAUGUCAAUCUCUGUACAUUGAUGAAAAAGAAAGUACCACAAAUGUUGCUUGUCCAAUUUCCUUUAUUAACGAUGGAAAUGGUUGCCAACCAUUCCAAACAGUUUAUGAUAAAAUCAUGAACACAAAUUGCUCCAAAGAUUCUGAUUGUAAAUUCGGUUAUAUGAAAUGUGUUUACAAUAAGUGUUAUAGUGCUGAUAGAGUUGAAGGAGAUUCAUGUUCGCAACAUGAACAAUGUGUUACAACAAAAGCUUCUGUUAAGAAAGGAGGUCUUUAUUGUAAAGAUAGCAAAUGUAAACCUUAUAAGGUAAAGUUUACAAAGAAAAUUGGUGAAAAAUGUGGAGAUGUUGAUAAUAAUGAAGGAUUGUAUUACUCGUGUGAAUUUGGAGCUUCCUGUGUUUUGGGUUCUUGUUUAAAAACUCCAAUGGUUAGCAAGGAUGAAAAUUGUACUCGAGUUUUUAAUCCAUUUAAGGAAUAUAGAGUUUGUCAAGCUUCUUUUUAUUGUGGAGAAGACUCAAUUUGCAUUAAUUCGAUUAGAUUAGAAGCUAAAUGUAAUGAAACAAGCAGUUGUCAAACUGGUUAUUCCUGUAGAAAGAGUAAGGAUUCAAAUGAUGCCAUCUGUCAAAGAUUUGCUGAUUUUGGUGAUUAUUGUAGAGAAGAUUCUGAUUGUGGAAAUACAAAUUCAGGAUUGGUAACAUGUUCCAAUAACAAAUGUAAAAGAUUAUUAGCAGGAUUGAAAGGAUCUACCUGUCAAAAUAACACUGAAUGUUAUUCAGGUUAUUGUAAUAAGGAUACAAAAACCUGUCAAGAUGUUACACUCGAUAAUGGAGAUACUUGUUACAAUUCCACUUCUUGCAAUAGCCUAUCAGGUGGUUGUGUCUGUGGUGGCAAGGCCAGUAAUGGAAAUAAUAAGGGAAAAUGUUUGCCAAGUUGUGCAGGACCACUCUAUGAUGUCAUUAGUUGUUUAUAUAAUAAGGGAUUGUAUAUUGGAACUCCAUUGGCAAGUUCAUUAACUCCUGGCUUGGGGUAUGCUCAAUAUGUAGAUGAGGAUAGUAGUAUUUACAGAUCUUGUAAGAGAUAUUAUGAAAGAUAUUACACAUGUCAACACAGAGUUUGGAAGAAUGUUGGACAAUCAUCGACAAUUAAUUCAAUGAAUGGAUUCAAGAUUUCAACUGAAAGUUCAUUUGAAAAUAUUGAUGUACUUCUUCCAAGAAGAUCUGAUGCUAAUGGUCAAACAACUUUCAGUUUCAAGUUAUUAUUGGUUUCACUUUUUGCCAUUAUUGUAAUUUUAUUUUAA